AAGAAGGAAGUAGGAGGAGCCGCAGGGGUACGGCUAGAUCUGGUCUGCGACGGCACUGCUCCUCGCGUGGUCUCUGGAGCGAACGCGGGCUUCUGGCUCCUGAAGCCUACGAAGCGAGUGCGGAAUGUUCCGGUGAUCUGCUGAGGCCGCUGAAGACUCGCGCUCGACGUGAGCGGGAAGGGGGCGGCUUGCGAGCUGCCGCGUGAGCUAAUGAAAGUGAAAGUGGAAAGCUGAGGCCGAGGAGUCAUGGCUGACUACGAAAUGGCGGAGAGGCCUUCUCUCCUGGAGGAGGACCUCUCGUGCCCCGUGUGCAGGGAUAUUUAUAAGGAGCCCGUGCUGCUGUCCUGUACGCACAGCUUCUGCCAGGCCUGCCUGGAGCGCAGCUGGGAGCAGAAGGGGGUUCGAGAGUGCCCUGUGUGCCGAAAGCGCUGCGACGCCGAGCAGCCUAUCCCCAACCGGGCUCUCAGGAACACCUGUGAGUCUUUCCAGAAGGAGAAGGGCAACUGGGCCCCGUCUGGGUUCGAGGUACUCUGCGGCCUGCACCGGCGGGAGCUGCAGCUCUAUUGUAUCAAGGACGAGGAGCCGGUGUGCAUCGAGUGCGUGACCCUGCACUGCGGCCAUGAGCUGAGUCCGCUGGACCGGGGGGUGCCGGGCUGCAAGGAUGAACUGAACAUUAAAAUUAAGAUUUUGGAAGAUAAAUUGGAAUUGUAUAAGAGAAUCAAAAGAAAAUAUAAUGACACAUCAGAGCACAUCAAGGUCCAAGCCCAGCAAACAGAGGCACAAAUAAAAGAGGAGUUUGCGAAGCUUCAUCAGUUUCUGGAUGAGGAACAGGAAGGCAGAAUUGCUGAUCUGAAGUCGGAGGAGGAGAAAAAAAAGCAGAUAAUGAAGGAUAGAAUUGCAAAUGUGACUAGAGAUAUUGCCACACUAUCAGAGCUCAUCCAGUCAGUGAAGAGGGAGAUGGGAGCUGAUGACUUGACGUUCCUGCAAAAAUUCCAAAGCUUAAAAAGAAGAGCCCAGUGGUUGGCUGAUGACCCCCAGAAUGUUCCAGGAAUGCUCAUCAAUGUGGCUGGUCACUUGGGUUCCCUACGCUAUAAGAUCUGGGAGAAGAUGGAGUCCUGUGUCUCCUACUUCCCGGUGAUCAUGGAUCCCAACACGGCCUCCCCCUGGGUCUCGCUGUCUCCCGACCUAAACAGCGUGAAGGACAACGGCGGGAGGCAAUCUCUGCCAGACAACAUCGAGCGCUUCGACCCCUGCGUGUUCGUGUUGGGCUCCCAGGGCUUCACGACAGGUCGUGUCCGGUGGGACGUUUAUGUGGGCGACAACCCCAAGUGGAUUCUGGGAGUAUGCAAGGAGUCGAUAGUGCGCAAGCGGCGCUUCACAGUGACCACCACGGCCGGGGUGUGGACCAUCGGCUUGAGCAAGGGCAUCUAUAGCGCGCUCAGCACCCCGCGAACACCGCUCACUUUGCAGAAGAAGCCAGAGAAGAUCCGGGUCAAGCUCAACAUGGACAAAGGCGAAGUGUCCUUCUUUGACUCCAGCGAUGGUAGCCACAUCUGCACCUUCACAGAGAAGUUCUCGGAGAGGGUGUUCCCGCUGUUUGGACCUGGCCUGCACAGCACCCCCAUGUCUAUCGACCCAGCUAAAGUCAUCAUCAGAGCCGUGUGAGUGAGUGCACUUCAGAGUCUGCGCCACUGCUUUACUUCUCCAGUGGUGAUGGGGAAAAAAGGGAGCAUGGUUUGUGGGGUGUGGGUCUCUGCUGGACCGUGAAUCCUCCGGUACAGGGAUAGGGUUUUACUCAGAAGCUUAUGUGUUUCUGGAGAUAUUUAAUCCUCAACAUAGGAUGUGGCCAAUGCUGUUUCUACAGAUAUUCACAUGCCUGAUUUAUAGAUUCAAUUUAUUCUGAGAAGUGAAGGUCUCACAAGAAAUUCACUGAGAUACUUUAUAAGCACAGUUCACGAUGGGGGGGGGGGGGGGACUUUUGAUUUUAGUAGCAACCUGUGUGACCGUAAGGGGGAGUACCAUAUCUAUUUUCUCCGCAACCUUGGUGUAAUGCAGCGCUAAAUUUCCUGCAUUGUUAUGAUCGAAGUGUAUAAUCUCGCUCCAGUGCUGUGCUUUGAUAGAGCUGAUUUUUCACAAUUAAAAUUGUCAUUGAACGUACAAGAAUCGUGUUGUGAUUGAUUAGGCGAGUUCAUCCGGAUGGCUCCUCCUGUGGACAGACAAGGAGGCUACGGGACAAUAAAGGCAGUCGGCUAACAACGUGUGUAUGAAAUGUAUUUCACCGUUUUAGAAAUUUAGCCCUCUCUAAGAACCUUGCAAUAACUAUGUAAAAAAUAUAGUUAUGGCAUCUUUUGUAUUUCCCUUGGAAUUGUGUCUCAAACUUUUCAUUGAUUAAUAUGUAAAGCAAAAUUGCAAAUCAGAUACUUAUUUAUGCAUUUAAUUUAAAACACUGAUUUCUCACGCGAAGAGUUCUGCAUUGUUAAAAUGAUGUAUGUGGAGUGUUUACAAGUCAUAGUUCUUCAGUUACAUAA